AUGUGUUCUCACAAGACUUUCAGAAUCAAGCAGUUUCUGGCCAAGAAACAAAAGCAGAAUCGUCCCAUUCCCCAGUGGAUUUGGAUGAAAACUAAUAACAAAAUCAGGUACAACUCCAAGAGGAGGCACUGGAGUAGAACAAAACUGGGUCUGUAA